GUACAAAUCUGUGAAACAAAAGUAGAAAUUAGCUACAAAAAUUAGACAUGUGUCUAUUCCAAAGGUUGUGGUGUCAUCCUUGAAGGCUUGAACCCCUCUGCAAAUUUGAUGCGAUUAUCAAACUACUACUCCGUAUAUCAGUCUGUCCAAAAAAUGUCCCCCUCACUCUAAUUUCACAUCCCACAUUCUCACAUAAUAUAAGGAAGAAGAUUCAUUCAAAAAUGUUGAUAGGUUUAUUGAGUAUUCAAUCAAUCAUGGAUUUAGUGUUGGCUGGCAUUUCAUUGAUGAUUGGUCUUGGGGUUUUCUGCUUCAUUGCGUCGAUUCUUUGCUCCGCCGCCUUUUUUCAGCAUGCCAAACUUGUUUCUGCUUAAUUUUAUCAAUUCCCAGUUUAAUCAGGAUGCUCUUGCCUUUUCUGGAAUGCCUCUGGACUGAAUGUGCUUCAUCUUUUCCCAUCAAGUGUAUCUUUUUUUUUUUGGUUGGACUUAUGUUGUAGAAUAAUAUAGAGUGAAUACUAGGCGCACCUCUUCCAAUAAUGUGUGAAAUGCUGCAUGAAGAUAUGCAUGUCUUUGUAAAGGUUUGUACAAUUAUAAUUGUGAAGUCGUAUCCUGUAAGGAAGUAUGGAUGUACGGACGUACUCAUAUGUAGUCCAUAACUUCUUUUUUUUUUUUUUUGGCAGAGUUGAAA